AUGUCGGAAAUGCCAUCAGGCCCAUGGAUGAAUUUAAGCGCGGACUUUUGUGGACCGUUACAAAAUGGGGACUAUUUAUUAUUUAUCGUUGAUGAAUAUUCACGUUAUCCAAUUGUGGAGAUAGUCAAAUCAGUAUCGGCAAACGCUGUCAUACCAGUGCUGGACAAAAUAAUAGCAAUGUUCGGGGUACCAACAGUGAUCAAAGCGGAUAAUGGCAGUCCAUUUAACAGUAAUGCAUUUUCAGAUUAUGCAAAAUACUGUGGAUUUAUUCACCGAAAAAUCACACCUAGGUGGCCGCGGGCAAAUGCUCAAGCAGAGUCUUUUAAUAAACCCCUAAUGAAAUGCAUCAAAUCUUCACAUGUAGAAGGAAAGAACUGGAAACAGGAGUUAUUCCGUUUCUUACGCCAAUACAGAGUGACGCCACAUACGUCAACUGGUUUUACGCCGUUCCGUUUAUUGUUUCAGCGGGAACCAUCAACGCGAUUACCAGAUAUCGCAAAACCAGAACAAGAUGUUAGAUUAGACAAACUCGCAAGGCGUAAUGACGAGAAAUCAAAAUCCCACUCGACAUCAGCAUUGGUGACAAAGUGCUACUGCGAAAUGAGACACCGUCUAAGUGCUCUACGCAGUUCAAACCAAUGCCAUAUACGGUUACGGAAACAAAAGGACCUAUGA